AUGGCAGACACUGCUUCUCCACCAAUGCCUGCCUCUGAAAGGUUAAUAAAUGCUUUAGAUAAGAAAAAAUUGGAAACAGAUUUUCAAUAUAUGGCAAUGAAUAGCAGCGGAAAAGCUCUUGCUGUAUUAGAUAUUAAGACGAGAUCAUUCAAUAUACGUCGUAUCGAAGCAAAUUGGAAAGCGUAUCAUGAAUUAUUUUCAUUUGAUGGUGUGCCGACUCCUAUAUGUUACCCAUCUGAUGGCUUGGAUCGAUGGUCAAUAGCAAUUUCCGAUUUCGAUGAAACUGGAAACUUUAGCGUAGCAUUAUCAUGUCUAGAGACAUCUCGUAACGCAGGUGAUCGCAAAAAAACUAUUGAUCAAAUUUUACCCACACAUUCACAAUAUGGCGAAGAAAGACUAAAGACGCAAUUAAAAGAUAUGACACAUGACUCGACCGUUAUUCUCAUAUGCCAACGAAAACGAUUAAAAGAAUUUUUUUUCAUUAACUAUGGAGGCGUGGUUAAAUUUGUAACCGGAUCAGAACUCGCAUUCGCAGAAAAAUUAAUAAUCAUGGGACGACAAGGUUUCUGUAUCGGAUCGGUUAAUGAACUCCGAGCGAUAUUGUGUGAAGUACAAGAGGAUCAUUGUGAUGAAACUACGCCGCUUGAAGUGAAACAAAGAGACGUGGCACAAAUAUAUCUUUUUCCGCGACCAAUGGAAUCUUUAUUAGAUAAUCUUGAAGGGAAUUCAUUUUGUGCCUUUUUGGACAAUUGUAUCCAUCAAAAAUUCUUGAAUUCAAUUGAUAGCCGAAAUAACAUUGAAGUAUUUAGCCUAGUUAAAGGACGAUUCAAGUUUUCAUGUAACAGUCCAGAUUAUAAUCGAAAUGCAAGUGUUGGAAUUCCUAUAUUUGCUCGUUCAUCUGAUGAUAAGUAUUUUGCCGUUUCCGUAGACAAUAACACGAUCGUAAUUUAUCUUUUAGAAAAUACUUUAGAAAUAGCAGUAGAAAGAAUCGACGAAUUGACCAAAGAGGAGGGCAAUUUAAUCAGAUUUAUUGGAUUCUGUGAAAAAGAUACAAAACUUUUCAUUCUGGUAGAACAAAAUAACAUGUAUAGGUUCUUUUUCUGGGACCUUUUUACCUCUUCUUUAUCUUACAUUCAAGAAUCCAAUGUUAAGACAAGCAAGGUGAAAUGGGCGACUCAUCCUUACAAACAACCGUUUGUACAAUUUCAAGAUCAAAUUGUUGCCUUCACAAAUGAUAAACAAGUUGUACUAUUGGAAGAAAUUAUGAUGCCAAAAACUGAACCAAGAAUUGCUGAAUUCGAUGAAAGUAUAAAUAUAAUGCUUGACGAUAAAAAAACGCAUGAUCUGCAUUCAUACGAACCUUGGUUCCGACCUAAAUCUCAAGUCGUCAGACAUGUAAAGCAACUUUUCCAUGGACAUCAACUUGUAGUCGGAAUGCAAACGAUACAAAUCUGGAAAAAAGACAGCGAUGAUAAAGAACGACUUUUAUAUAUCUGGCGAAUCCCAAAAGAGCUUGAAAAGGCUACGAGUUCUGCAAUUUUGAGGGCUUGGGCGAAAGAAACAAAAUUUACCGCGAUAACUGAAAAAGAAGAAGGACCAUUUGACGGAAUACUAGGCGAAAAAUCAGACGACGUUAUUGAACACGUUGAAGACACAAUUUGGGAACAACCGACUUCCACGUAUAUACAAGAUGCUGCGGAUGCUCUGGUGUUUUUGCAACAGCAACGUAAACUAGCGAAAGAUGGUGAUCGUUGCAAUAAAAUUGGAAAAAUAAUCGGAAAGGUUGCAACAAUAAUAUUUGAAUUUGCCGAAAGAUCUCCAAAUCAGUUUCGUUUACUUGAUUCAAAGUAUCACAUAGUAGCUGCUUUGGUCGAAGCACGAUGUGCUGAUCAAAUAAUGGAUAUAUUGGAUUCACGGGACGAACACGAAAAUCCAAGAAAUCUUCAUAUACCUCAACUUGAUGUAAGAGAUAAAAAACUUACUUUUUUACAAGCUCAUGGAUUUCAACUACCAAGGAAAGAGAGCGAAUUGACACUAGCAAUAAAAACUGGCCACCCGGAGAUCGUCGAACAUUUAUUAAAUUAUUAUAAAAGAAACACAGCAAAAAAUGCUGGUUGGAUGUUUACUGUCACUCAAGAAUUACCAACAAUAUUCGAAAAAUAUCCACGGUUUGCUCAUAAGUUUUUUGAUAGAAAAUCAUUUAUCUCUGCAAAAGAGAUUUCUCUUGACCCUUGGCAUAAUCAUCAAUUAGCAAUUCAGGCUGCGGGAAAGAAAGCUUUUACUUUCGUACCGAAUUUAUAUCUAACCACUGCAAAAUCAGAGAAAAAACUAAAAAGACAUUCACAUUUAGAUGAUGAUCUUAAAGUUCCCUUUUAUCGAAUGGUACCAUUACCAAAUAUAACUGUAUCUCCAAAAGCCAACAUUUUGUAUGGAGCACUCACUUUAGGCAACGCAAUUCAACAUCGAAGUCCAUUUUCAAAAUUAAUUUUACUCGAUCCAACUGGUAAAAUAUUCAAAAAUCCAGCGAUCGAGGCUGUCAUUAAUUACACAUGGGAACAAUCAGGAAAACUUAGUACUUGGCUAGCAUUUGGAUUUUCAAUAGUUUUCUCUGUGUUUUUCGUUUGGCUAUGUCAUUUACAUUUGGAAUUCAUCGUCUACAACAAUCAUAGUGGGUUUUAUUUACCUGGAUGGAUAAUUACCACUUAUACUUCGGGACUUUGGCUGUUUAUUCAAAUACAAAGAAUGCAAUUUCAUCGAGGUCCUCCAUGGCUCGCUAUAUGCUUCUGGUUCGAAUCGGCUGUGAUCGCAUUGUGCUUCUUUGUUGAUUUAAUCGUUGUAGUCGUUUAUUUUCAAGUCUCGACACAAGGUCUUGCAGGGCAUACAAGUUAUUGUUCGACUCGAUUUGACAUUUGUAGAGGGCAAGUUUCGAUUAUCGCAUUUGCUUGUCUUGGUGUUUGGAGUCAUUUGUUUUUGCGAAUGCGUUUUCUACCUCGCAUCGGCGAAUAUAUACUCAUCCUUUGUCAAAUAGUUGUGAAACUGUGGCUUUUUUUGGCUUCACAAACAUUUGUGAUUACGGGUUACGGCAUUGCAAUGUACAUGAUUUUACGUUUUAUACCUGAUCUUGGAUUAACGCCCAUCUUACAGAAUUACAACAUUACAUCAAACGGCACCACCAUUCUCAAAAUUAACGAAGAUUUUGAUUCUUACGACGUAACCGAUAAUCGAUUCUUCAAUGCCUAUUCAUCGAUUGAAGGCGCAUAUAGUUGGAUUUUAGGACAAUAUGAUGUACUGCUACGCUGGGACUUUGUCCCUAUUCAUAUAAUUGUUAUAUUAGCGAGUAUAAUCUUGGUCACGAUUAUGCAGAAUAUGCUGAUUGCAUUAAUGAGUGAUGUCGUAAGUACCGAAAAUAAUCGCGAAUCUAAACACUAUGCAAGAAUGCAGACACGAGCUCAAUUUACUGUCGAUUAUGGGAAUAUUGCGGCACUUUGGACGUAUUGGAGUAAACAAGAAAAACCGCGGUACAUUUACUAUCAAGUACAUCAUAAACCCGAAGAAGAUCAAGAGCCAUUCAUUCAAACCCUUCAACCGAGUUCUGACGUGGAUAAAAACAAGAACAGCGGUAAUAGCGACAAUUAUUAUAAUAAAUCGAUGGAUAAUUCUGAAUUAAGAGGUCGUCUAAGCGUCGGCACUGAUACGUCAAUAUCAAGAGGCUAUUCUCCCGCCAGAUCGGAUAUUAGUGGAGUUAGCAGCCAUGCGAUGGAUGUGAAUUCAGAGAUUGAAGCAGUGCUUCAACAGUUGGAGAGUCAUAAAACACAGAUUGCUUUGUUGGCUGGUACGUUGCAGCGUAUCGUAAAAAAUAAUCAGUGA